GGUGUGGGGAUUCUCAAAUUUCUCUCUCUUUCCAUUUCUUUGAGAAUCGUCUCGUCUCGCCUGGAGUGAGGAAGUUGUCGUCGAAGCUGGAGGUAGACGAUGAGUAUCAGGAAGUUAAGUGCUGAAGAGUCUCUGACGCUAUACUCCCUGCUGAAAUCGGAGCAGCGUCCACUGGACGAUGUCAUCGCUGACUUCAACUCUAAGAUCUCUCGCCCACACCAUUUCACUGUCUGCUCAAAUAUCGUUUGGCUCUUGGAGGACAAGAAGAUGCUUAAAUCCACUGAGCGCUUGGUUGCUUUUGCUAUCCUCCAUCAAGUGUACUCGUCACAGAAGCCUGCUUCAAAUCCCUUCAUAAUCUUAAUCAUAAAUGCCGCCUGUGAUGAUGCAGCUGAAAAAUUUGAAAGGGCAUUUAUUCUCCAGCUGUUAGGCAUUGAUGGCUCAAACAACAGCAGAGAGUUUCUUAAGCAGUCUGCUGCGGAUUAUGUGAAAGGAUUUGAUCAAUCAUUGCAUGUUUUCCCACGACUAGAUCAGUUGCAGCAGCAGUUUUCUGUUAAAGAGCACCGUGACCAAUAUGAGUGCUUAUUUAAAGAUAAUUCGGUCAAAAAUGCAGUUCCAGACCCUGAUAUACCACACUUUUGUGAUGCAAACUCACCAGAGUUUGAUGUGCAACCUGGAACGAAAGCUAAACUUGGAUCUGGAGAUAAGGAUGAGGCAGUAGCUGGGCUGCUGUCAAAUCUAUCACUGGAAGGAUUGAGUCCUCACUGGAUCAGGCCUCGUCCGCCUCGACUACCGGUACAGGAUGGGGAGCUAGUUUGGCUCAACCCUCAUGACAACCAUGAACUUCAAUGGGACUAUGGUAUGUGUGUUGAUACUAGCAGAGGGGCAGCUGUAAGGGACUUAAUUGCAAAGGCCCUGAAAGGGGCACUUGCGCCAGCGCAGCAAGAGCAAGUUUUGGUGGAGCUGGCAAAUGAUCCCAAGCUUGUAUAUCACUGUGGAUUGACACCCAGAAAGUUGCCAGAAUUGGUGGAGAACAAUCCCCUUAUUGCAGUUGAAGUUUUGACUAAGUUGAUAAAUUCUCCAGAAAUUGCAGAAUACUUCACAGUACUUGUGAAUAUGGAGAUGAGUCUUCAUUCCAUGGAAGUCGUGAACAGGCUGACAACAGCAGUUGAACUUCCUGCCGAGUUCAUUCGCCUGUACAUAACUAAUUGUAUAUCAUCCUGUGUGAACAUCAAGGAUAAGUACAUGCAGAACAGGCUUGUGAGACUUGUAUGCGUAUUUCUUCAGAGCCUUAUUCGAAAUAACAUUAUUAAUGUGAAAGACCUCUUCAUCGAAGUACAAGCCUUCUGCAUUGAGUUCUCAAGGAUCAGAGAGGCAGCUGCAUUGUUUAGGCUCCUCAAGUCCAUGGAAGGAUGAUCUGUGACCCCUCGAGUCUUGAAUUUCCCCUUUUCGGUUGUAGAUAAAUAUGUAUAUCAUUCAGACUCAGCUCUUGAGCGGUUCUCAUUUUCAGCUAUGGACAAUAAAGAUAGCAGAUUUCAGUCUGUGACUUCCUCAUCCAUAUUUCUAUUUCAUAGGGAGUCAGGAGAAGUGGGCAGUUUUUCGUUCUUUGAAGCUAUCAGCUUAGAUGCAUUUUUUCCCCAUGAACAAACCAUCUAAUAUCUAAUAUUACUAGCUAUCAGACUGAGCUGUGUUGGGUAACAA